AUGUCGGAGACAGUGGCGGCCGGCGGGGGGGGGGACGAGGGAGAGAAGAUCGAAGGAGGGAAGGAGGAAGGAGUCGACGAGGAGGAUGAGCUCUUUGCGACUGCCCCGCGUCGUCCUCGCAGGCUGUUCGGGUAUGACUGGGCAGGUGGGUACGUCUCUCCUUUCCGGCAGACCUCAGAGGAGGUCGCGGACAAGAUCAUGCAGAUGGCCGGAGUUGCUGCUGGGAGCGUUGUAGUCGAUCUCGGGUCGGGGGACGGGAUACUUCUUGUUGCGGCUGCGAAGAGAGGAGCAAGAGCAGUUGGGGUCGAACUUUCUAGGGACUUGAACGCUGCUGCCAUGCAGAGGGCGGCUGAUGCGGGUGUGGGAAGCAUGGUUGAGGUCGACGUGCUCAAGGUCAUAGAGAAGAAGAAGUCAUCGACAAGUUCUCGCCAGCUCGUCGCCAUGUACCUGCUGCCGGAGAUCCUGCAGAAGCUGAAGCCCAAAUUUUUGCAAUGGCUGCAGGAGGGAAUCGACGUAGUCACAGUCAGGUGGAGGGUGGCAGACUUUGAGGUCGUCAACGAUGGAGAGGUGGAUGGGUUCUGGAUGUACGCUAGGUGA